AUGUAUUGGCCCAUUGGAACACCACGAAUCCAUGCUACCAGCAGCAGUCGAUCUUCAGCCUUCAAGUUUUUCGUCUCCCACGAUGGACUCACGAGUCCCUCCGAUUCUAGCCUGACCCCAUCGCCUGGUCCCUCGAGUUCUUCCCAGCCCCACGGCCCCCUCGAUGCCCUCGAGUCUCCACCACUGCCGACACCGAUAACUCCAGGAAUUCGACCUGUCGAACAUGAUGAUUUUCCAGCAAGCCAACCUCCACAGGUGUUAGAUAACACCGAACCCGGAGGUAUUCCUAUAAAAGAUCCAAUACUGGCGUUGCGAGUUUCGCGGACCGGCAACCUAUUUGCUGUUAUCACGACAACUUCGAUAACAGUCUGGCAGACCAAGCCCGCUGUAAUCUUAGCCGUGGUAAUUCGAUCGGAUUACUCCCUACAAACAUAUGGCAAGAAUGUCGACCUUUUGCUAAGACCCGACGCCGCCAUUCUCGUCAUACACACCGACCAGGGUUAUCUCAUCACUUACUCCCUAGCCACCGAUUCAGAUUCGCGUGUAUACAAGCCUCACUUCGCAAACUACAGCAAUGUUCAGCGACGCAGGCAGAGUCUCAUCGGAAGCCUUACCGGACUACCCCCUGAUCAAAUAUUAUGGGGAGCCGGCGAAGGACUAGGGGUUCGUGACCUGAGUGUACGUUUCAGAAUGGUUAUCAAGGUUGAUGCCGGUAUCGAAAGCGCCCUUGCCCUCGACGACGAGCUUAUGGUGUCGACAAGAAAGCCUGCUGCGGUCCAGUGCAUUCGCUGGACUCCAGACAGUACGGGCUCGCAGACAAGGACCGAGAUAAUCAGCCGUAUGGGAUGGGUAGAGAAGAAGGCGACCAUCGUCCAGAUGACACAUGAUCGCCCUAUGAAUCUUUUGACAUGGAUUACAAGCAGCGGGCGAGCAUAUGCGGUUCAGCGAUAUAAUCACCGAGCAGAGAUGAGCCAGGCCGACGAUCCCGAUGCGAAGCGUCUGUUCAAAGGCCACUGUUUUCACAUACCCCAAGGCGAAAAUGACCGUGCUAUUACGGCCGUUAUAAACGCACGGUUCUCGCUCAUUGCUGUUGGUUGCUGUGACGGCACUGUACAGGUUUACUCCGUUCGGGACUACGCUGGCAAUAUUCCUCAUUCACACACUCACCAAGUCCCUGUUUCAACUGCGUCUUCAGGGGCCUUUACAACCUUAAGUUAUUCGCCUGAUGGCUAUUGCCUUUUCGCGGGUUUCGUAAAGGGCUGGUCGACCUGGAGCAUGUUUGGCAAGCUUGGCAGCCAUAGUUUUGGAUCGGAGGAAACAACGUCACGCGCGAAUGGAGAGGAGUGGUUAUCUGGGAUAGCCGGAGCUACCUGGGUGGGUGGCGGAUCCGAGAUCCUGAUGACCGCGCGCAAACAUGAAGCAAUAUGGUCUCUCGAGAUGGCCAAGAAUGCUGUUACUGGAUGUUACAAUGAUGCAAAUGUCUUCAGGACAGUGCUACAGACACCUUCAAGUGUGAUGGUCUACAGAGGCUAUGACGUUCCUGACCUUACCAGCAUUUCGGCGGAACCGUUCCUAUGGCACACAGCAAAAGUGCCUCCGACAUACCUCUUAAACCAGUGGCCGAUACGACAGACCGUUAUCUCUCCAGAUGGUCGCUAUGUUGCUGUAGCAGGUCGUCGUGGACUCGCCCAUUAUAGUGUCAACAGUGGUCGUUGGAAGACAUUUGCCAGCGAGUCCAUGGAGAACGAAUUCCAAGUAAGAGGAGGCAUGUGCUGGCAUCAGCAUAUUCUUGUUGCUGCGGUAGAAGCAAACAGGAAAUUUGAGCUACGGCUAUUUUCUCGCGAGACGGCACUUGAUCCUGCUCAAAUCCUGCAUACGCAGACAAUCCCAGCUCCUGUGGUGCUGGUCACUACUUCUGGCGAGGACUCGCUUCUUGUUUACACUUACGAAAACUUGCUAUACCACUUUAUUUUUACACCCCAUGGAGGUUCUAUACGACUCAUCCAAGUGGGCCAGAUCGCGUUCCACGGUAUUGUCAGAUCUCCAGCCCGAGUUCGAGGUUUGAGUUGGAUACUGCCCGAUACGCAGUUGACAGACGGUGAUCCAUCCCAGGAUGUUGCUGUUGCUUCGGUAAUCUUUCUCGUCGACGGCAAGCUUGUACUACUGCGACCGUCGCUAAACGACGAUGGCCAACUCAAAUACGAUAUGCGUGUCAUUGCGCAAAACGUGGAGUAUCACGCCAGCGUCAGAGACCAACCAUUGCGAAACGCAAAUAGGCAAUUGGAAGACAAUCCGCUACGGAACGGGCCGCCAGCCCUAAAAGAUUCUCUAUGGGUGUUUGAUGGAAUGGAGCUCAAGGCUUGGCCAGACAUCAGUGAAGUGCUCGAUGCAACUGGGGAAAACGGUAAAGAGUCGCCACCUCCGGUGUCUAUUCCUGUGGACUUCUACCCCCUUUCCAUUCUUCUGGAAAAGGGAAUCAUUUUGGGAGUCGAGUCUGAUCUUGUCCAACGUCGCGAUGUGAACUUUUCGUAUUUUCAUUUCGCCAUCAGAACGCAUCUAAUACUUCCGGAUCUAUUACGAUUUUACCUAAUGCAAAGCAGAUCAGUUGAGGCGUCAAACUUGGCUCAUCAGUACAAAGAACUGGAGUAUUUUGCUCACGGACUCGAAAUAUUAUUACAUCGUGUGUUGGACGAAGAGGUCGAUACGUCCCCAAAGCCUGUUGACGCCGUGCUACCUCGUGUACUGUCCCUUCUAUCCUCGUUCAAGGAGUAUCUAGAUAUUGUGCUACAAUGCACACGCAAGACCGAGGUUCGGCAAUGGAAGACGUUAUUCGCCUAUCUUCCACAGGCCCAAGAACUAUUCGAGGAGUCUCUGCAGAGAGGGUCACUGAAGACCGCGGGAGGGUACCUUAUUAUAUUGCACACGCUGGACGAGUUGGGUUCGUCGACUGAACAGUCGGUGCGAUUGUUGUCUCGUGCAAUGCGAGAAGGCGAUUGGGAACUAUGCAAAGAACUUGCACGUUUCCUGGCGGCCAUGGAUGAAACGGGUGAAACGUUACAAGAAGCCAUGAGAAUGGUGGAGGUGGCACUCAAGCAAGAUUCAGGGCAAGAUGGUGUAGGGAGUCGACUUCAGAUUCCAUCGUCGCGAACAAGGAAUGGGGGAAGCGGAUUGACGAGUGGCGAUGAGGACGGAACAUCCGAGUCAGAUAGACGUUCUGGAAGCGAGGGAGGUAGUGUCGCUUCAACGAUUAGCGCCACUUAG